GUUAAUAGUUUAUUAAACAUUUAAAACCAGUUUAAACUGUAGAAACAACUAUAUAAUUGUGACGAUGGAUCCCUUUAACCUUCAGCCUGUUCUUGGUGUCCUCCACUGGUUAUUCCACUCUCGUCCAACAUCGGUUUCAACAUGAGGAGACCGAUGCUGCAGAGGUGUGUGUGGGGGGUCAUAAUUGUUUUCUUUCAUAAGCAUCUAGUACUAUAAGUACUUUAUGAAGCAUCAUUUACCUGUCACUUCCUAAAGAGGACAUAGUUUAUAAAUAUCAUCCAGUGGAGUUGUAGCUGGGGAGCUACAAAAGGCCACCCUCAAUCUCCUCCAUUGUUCACUGGCAUCACUGUUCUGACAUCCCAGCUGCACAGCCAUGGCCCCUAAGAAAGCCAAGAGGAGGACAGCAGAGGGAGCCAACUCUAAUGUGUUCUCCAUGUUUGAGCAGGCCCAGAUUCAGGAAUUUAAAGAGGCCUUUACCAUCAUGGACCAGAACAGAGAUGGCUUCAUUGACAAGAACGAUCUGAGGGACACUUUUGCAGCUCUCGGACGUCUGAAUGUGAAACAGGAAGAGAUUGAUGAAAUGCUCAAUGAGGCUCCUGGUCCGAUCAACUUUACCGUAUUCCUCACUAUGUUUGGUGAGAAGCUGAAAGGUGCUGAUCCAGAGGAGACCAUCCUCAACGCGUUUAAAGUCUUUGACCCUGAAGGGAAGGGUGUGCUGAAGAAGGAUUAUGUGACACAGAUGCUAACGACGCAAGCCGACCGAUUCUCAGCUGAAGAGAUGGAGCAGAUGUUCACUGCCUUCCCCCCUGAUGUGGCAGGAAAUCUGGACUACAAGAAUCUGGUUCAUAUCAUUACUCACGGAGAGGAAAAGGACCAAGAGUAAACAUGAUUUUGCUUCGUGUGCUUGUUAAAAAGAACGUCUGCCUCUAGAAGGAGAUCCGUGAAAGAGAAACCAGCCAUCAUUAACUCAUGCUGGAUUCCUAGUCUUUCUACAGUGGAUUUCAAAGGAAUCCAGAUUUUUCUUUUCAAGGCCAUAAAAUGGACAUUUAAGAGUUUUUCCCUUUCUGUUUCACCUUCACUUGAGACUAGAUUAUUCUUCUCAUAAUUUUUUACAUCAGAAAUUACUUUCGUCAUGUCUUCUUGUUAAAAUUUUGUAAGUCUGUCUAAUAAACAUUUUUAAAUGGA